AAACUUACUGGCUAAAGUUUGUAUCGCCACAAGUCCUGUUACUUAUCUAUCAGAAACCUCUCUGGCAUUAUGGACACCAAUGCACUUAUUGAUCUCGUCCACGAGGUGCAGGGCCAGCUCUGGGUUGAUAAGGUGAACGAGACCCACAGAACGGGUCGUCUUUGUCAGUGGGUGUCUACUUUCCAUCCUAACAAGCUUCCCUGUAAACUUGAUGGUACCUUUCACCACGGUGCAUUUAAUGCUGGCAUAAAGAUUGUCUUUAGUGACAACACAGCCUGGAUGGUUCGUUUCCCUCGCGCGGGAAUGGUCUGUGACGACUACACCGACGAGAAGGUUGCGAUGGAGGUAACGGCUCUGGGUCUUAUCCGCGACAGGACUACUAUUCCCGUCCCGACAGUCCAGGCGUGGGGUCCCGCUACCAGCAAUCCACUUGGCCUCGGUCCGUUUAUUAUGAUGGACUUUAUCAACGGUGUGAGCCUUAGCGAUCUUCUUCGGGAUCCCAGUGCCGAUCGCCCCAGCAGAGUUAUGAGGGAGGAUAUCAGCGAUCGUGAUGUUGAAUAUAUCUAUAGACAGUUGGCGAAUUUUCUCCUUCAGAUUUUCAAGCUUGAUUUUGAUCAGAUCGGUAGCCUACCUUCGCCACAAAAUGAAUUCUAUGGCCCUACACUGCGACGGCCACUAACUUUUAAGGCACAUAGCAUUCUACAGAAUGGAGGGGUUGACACUUUUGGUGACCGAACUCAGGGGUUUGCGACGACCACCGAGUAUUUUCAGUAUGUCGUCGGGCAAGACUGGGAACAGCUUGUUCGCCAGCCAAACUCGAUCGUUGGUGAAUACGAUGCUAAGAACAAAUAUGUGGCGUUCAAGGUUUUAAAGACCUUGAUACCUGACUUGGUCAAUGCAAAGUAUGAUCAUUGCAAGUUUAAAUUAAUUUGUGACGAUCUUGGCUUGGCGAAUCUAAUUGUUCGCGGCAAAAGAGAUCUUACUGUUGUUGGAGUAGUAGAUCUUGAGUGGUCAUAUAUUGGACCCGCGCAGCUGUUUGGCUCGGCACCGUGGUGGCUUCUCCAAGACAGACCUGUUAACAGCACAUGGGACUACGAGGGUGAAGAGCCCCCCAAGAUUGCUACCCGAUACUUUAAGUACCUAGAUAUCUUCAUACAUGUUUUGGAGGAGGAAGAGGCAAAAAUGCCAGGCCACGAAGAGAGAGAGCUCUCUAGCCUUGUUAAGUGGUCGCAAGCCUCUGGAGCCAUGUGGCUACACAUGCUCCUCUCAUCUGGCUUCAACGACCAUCGCAGUUUUCCUUUUACUAAGCUCCAUCAACAUGUAGGGGCUAGCGAGUGGGCUAAGCGUGAGAGGGAAUUUGACCAGCCAGAAUUACUUGAGGCGUUCGCGUCGCGGAAGGUCAAUGAGUUGGAUGACUAUGAUGAAGCCUUGGAGCAAAUGGAGGAGAAAAAAGCGCUCCUGGACAGCGGUAAGAUAACGAAGGAAGGAUUCGUUGCCACCGCUCUAAUGGAACCAUGGUUUUCCCCAUCGUCUGCGUCGAACAAUGAGAUGACGAAUGACAACGGGUUGUUCCAUACGGUAGCUACUUGGCUUACCUCGCAGGCUGCAAAGUUGAGAGGAGCGACAUGGAUAGGAUGAGCAGGUUGUAUUAGCAGAAAGACCGAAUGUUACAUUAAAUGUGAUAGCUAUUCUAUUAUAAAAAAGAUUUAUGCCGGCUCUCCAC